GGCAAAAUGAGAAGGGCGGAAGCGGGAAGCAAGGAGGGAAGAAUAUUAUGGCCGCGCUCUUGUUGCGCCUCCCUUCUUCCAACGGCUCCGCCCCUCUGCGUCAUUUUCCCGCGGUUGGCAGGAACGCCUCCCGCCCGACGCUUCUGCCCUCGAAACCUGCCGCUUUUGCGUCUCCUGUCCCUCGGCUGAGACCUCGAGCAGCCUCCGCUUCGUCCUUGUCGUCCAUGGAGACCCCGCCCGAUGGCUACCGCAAGAACGUGGGGAUCUGCCUCGUUAAUCCUUCCAACAAGAUCUUUGCAGCAUCAAGGCUAGACGUUCCCGAUGCAUGGCAGAUGCCUCAGGGUGGUAUUGACAAUGAUGAGGAUCCCGUAACUGCUGCUGUAAGAGAGCUGAGAGAAGAAACAGGCGUUGUUUCUGCUGAAGUUCUUGCAGAGGUUCCUUAUUGGUUAACUUAUGAUUUCCCUCCUGAAGUGAAAGAAAAGGUCAAUAACUUAUGGGGCACAAACUGGAAGGGUCAAGCACAGAAGUGGUUCCUUCUGAGAUUCACUGGAAAAGAUGAAGAAAUCAAUCUCGCGGGUGAUGGGACUGAAGCUGCAGAGUUUGGUGAGUGGUCUUGGCUGCCACCGCAGGAAAUCAUCGAUCGGGCAGUGAGAUUCAAGAAGCCUGUCUAUGAAGAAGUUCUAAGGUUUUUCGCACCACAUAUCCAGUUCGAUGCCAAUAUGGCGUUAUAGGAUGUCGCAAUGAUCAGGUUCGUGAUUUAUAUGCCACAACGUGCUGGCGAGUGUCGAUGCGGAGUCUUUUCACUCUCCUGGCGUUCGCUGCUUGGUUGUACCGGAAGGUCAGUUUAUCAUUGUUGGACUUUCUUCCAUCAACACAGCUUGGAUUAGUGGAUGAAUGAUUAUUAACAGAAGGAUGUUGGUUGCACGGCCUUGAUUUUGGCUUUUGCACGAUUGCCAUAAAGGGUCUGUAACGAAUGAUUUAUGAGAUUAAAAUGUCAUGAAAUUCUUCACA